GGGCGGGGCGCACGCGCAGUGUGGUGCCCGCCCCGGCUGAGGCGAGUGUAGGGGCGCCCGAUUUUUUCUAACUUACAAGAAGUCAGAAUAGACUGAUCACAGCCUCCUAGAAUGGCUGACCAGAAGCGCCUUGCCUAUUCCAUCAUCCAGUUUUUACAUGACCAGCUGCAGAAUGGGGGUCUUUCUCCAGAUGCUCAGGAGAGCUUGGAAGUGGCAAUCCAGUGCCUGGAGACAGCUUUUGGGGUCUCCAUGGAAGACCAAGAUCUAGCUGUGAGUCAGACUCUUCCUGAAAUAUUUGAAGCUGCUGCAGGAAAGGAGCCUGAACUCAUCCAAGCAAAUUCGGAGCCUGUCACCCCCUCAGAAGAUGACAUAGCUGAAGCUGAAAGACUCAAGACUGAAGGAAAUGAACAAAUGAAGGCAGAAAACUUUGAAGCUGCUGUGUCUUUCUAUGGAAAAGCAAUUGAAUUAAAUCCAUCCAAUGCAGUGUAUUUUUGCAACAGAGCUGCUGCAUACAGUAAAUUAGGAAAUUAUGCUGGAGCAGUAAGAGACUGUGAAAGAGCUAUAGGCAUUGAUCCAAACUACAGCAAAGCUUAUGGCAGAAUGGGCUUAGCCCUGUCCAGUUUAAAUAAACACACAGAAGCUGUUGUCUACUAUAAAAAAGCCCUGGAGCUGGAUCCAGACAAUGAAACAUACAAAUCAAACCUCAAAAUAGCUGAACAGAAAAUGAAAGAGACCCCUAGUCCAACCGGUGGUCCAGGAGGAUUUGAUUUAGCUGGUUUGCUGAACAACCCCGGCUUCAUGAGUAUGGCAUCUAACCUAAUGAACAAUCCACAAGUACAACAGCUCAUGUCUGGGAUGAUUUCUGGUGGCCAUAACCCCAUGGGAGCAGCAGGCACCAGCCCUUCCACAAAUGAUCUCGCCAGCCUCAUACAAGCGGGCCAACAGUUUGCUCAGCAGAUGCAGCAGCAGAAUCCUGAACUAAUAGAGCAGCUACGAAGUCAGAUUAGGAGUCGGACUCCAAGUGCCAGUAAUGAAGAUCAGCAGGAAUGAGCAGUCCAGCGCAGUCCAUGCAAACUAUGUUCCUUGCUUUAAAAACUGGAAGCCAUGUGCGUGUUGCCAUUUCUUGAGUUGGAAGUGUCCAAGAGAGGGAAAAAAUGGAUAAACAAAACACUUUAUAUGACCUGCAUGUAGAAGAUGGAUUCACGCUUUCUUUCCCUGGUCUUUGUCCCUGCUCCUCCCCCUCAGCCUUUCCUUUUUUUUUUUUUUUUAUUAAUUUUUUCUCCCUUCUGGAAGAUCCAGCAAGUUGAAUGUGAACCAGCAUCAAAAGUCUUUCUAAAGAAACUCAGAAAAAUAACUAUACUGUUACAUUUCUAUGUUAUUUGCUACAUGGGAAUUUUUUACCCAUUUUUCAAGAAUAAUGUACUCUUCACUACAGGAUGUCUUCACUUUACUACCCACGUGCCACUUCGAAGAAGUGUUCAAGUCCUACCCCAUCCUGCCCUAUUCAGUCUUCUUGCCACAGUUAUGAGAAGGUAGUGUUUGAACACUCUGGAGAUCACCGGAUCUUCUUGCCUCCCAAAACAGGGUUUCUGUUGAUUAGAUUCACUGUGUUUCUUGUUCAGAUCCAUAGCAACAUUGCCAGUGCUGUUAAUACAGAGGAGUUUGGCGAUCAUCUCUCAAAGGUUAGUGUAAAUGUGUUAGGGGAGGGAGUUGGGACUGAUCAGAUAGGACAUACUCAUUUGUGACUACUCCUUUAGAGUGAGUGUUUGCAGAUACACUUCUUGGGGUUCUUUCCCAGUUCUGACAAAUCUUGUCUAGUGUUUAGUAAUCAUGACUAUGUUGUUGGAAUGAUUCAAUCUGUGAACUAGUCAGAGGUGGACAAUAAGAAAGAUAUAAUGUUUUGAUGUUUAAAAGGGUUUUCUUUUGCUUUUUAAUUUUUUAUGCAUGUGAGUAAUCAACCUGGCUGACUGUGCUGAUGGUGGAAUUAGAGGAUGCCUGUUUUACAGAGGGUCUGACAGUUGGAGAGAGCAGAAGGAGUAAAAUCACUACUUGGAUUGUAAGAUAGUGAGUGGCUGCUGGCUCAAUGUGGGGGACUGACACAGAGUGAUUAUGCCUCAGCGUGUAGUGUGUGGGAUGAGGAAAAAAAUGCUCUUGUAGCUAUCUAAUUACCUGCAGCUUUCUGGGCCCCCCAAAAUUACCUGUGUUGCUCCCUGGGUGAUCAGGAAGCUCUAGUGAGCCUCCCUAGAAUUCACUAGUGUUGAAGCCAGAGAGGUUUUUAUUAAUGGCAGAAUCAUUUUUUAAAGUAGUCUUUCAGAUUGUGUUGGGAAAGGCACGUUUGAGGUCUUAUUGCCAGGCAGAUAAGCAUCUAGUUUGAAGAUGGAUAGGUGUGAGAUGGAAAAUGCCCUUUCAGGAAGCCCUGUGGUGUGAGUGAGUGGGUAUAUUUGAAGAUUAAUAUCAAGAAAAACAAUUUGUAAAUGCUCCAUAAAGUACUAUGUGGUUAAUGUAACUUGUGAAGAAUAAAAUAUUUGGACACUU